AUGCUCAAUUUUAAAAUUCUUCUUUCAUCUAUUGAUGUUUUAGCUAAAACAGAUAUUACUGAUAUUGUAGUACUUGAUAUACUUCGUCAAAGUCGAAUACAACAUAUGAUGCUUGUGGGUCGACGUAGACGAAUCCAAAUAUUGUCAUUUACUAUAAAAAAAUUUCGUGAACUUACUAAAUUAACUGAUUUACAAUCAAUGUUAAACAAAUAUUUUAAUUGA